AUGGAUGAAAAAGACGACCGCACGCACUCUUCCAUUGAGGAUAUCAAGUCCGCUUCCUUCGCGCCGGAUGAUAUCGAUAGAGCGGCAGAGAGACGGCUCCUAUGGAAAUGCGACUUGCACGUCGUCCCCAUUCUCACUCUCCUGUUCAUGUUCGCCUUCCUGGACCGCAUCAACAUCGGGAAUGCCCGGUUGAUGGGGCUGGAGAGGGAUCUGGGCAUGACCGGGCAUGAGUACAACAUCGCCCUGUUUGUGUUUUUCAUUCCGUAUAUCCUUUUCGAGGUGCCAAGGAUUCUGACUGUCUGUCAAGGUGUCACGAAGAGUUUUCAUGGAUUGGUAGUGUGCCGGGUGCUGAUUGGGGUCUUCGAGGCGGGUUUCAUGCCUGGAUCCGUCUACCUGAUCAAUAUGUACUACCGUCGACACGAGCUUCAAUGGCGGCUCAACGUCUUCUUCAGCGCCAGUAUCUUUGCUGGUGCACUACUUGCUUACGCCAUCAACAACAUGGACGGCGUUGCCGGGUACAGUGGCUGGCGCUGGAUUUUCAUCCUCGAGGGUCUCGCCACCAUUGUCGUCGCGGUCAUAGCCAAGUUCAUCGUUGUCGAUUGGCCCGAGACCGCCAGGUUCCUGACAGAGGACGAACGAACGCUGCUCCUCCACCGUCUAUCAGAAGACCAAGGUGAAGCGAGAAUGGAUCGUCUGGAUAAGAAGUCGCUGCGGCGUGCCUUUUCAGACCCAAAGAUCUACCUGGGACCCCUCAUGUACUUCGGCAUUGUCAACACCGGCUAUGCAGUCUCCUUCUUCACCCCCACCAUCCUCAAUCAGCUAGGAUGGACCGCCGUCCGCGCCCAAGUCAUGAGUGUCCCCGUCUACUGCGUCUCCAUGGUCAUCACCCUCUCCGCUGCCUAUGCCAGCGACCGGCUCCGCCACCGGUACCUGUUCACCUUGGCAGGCUGUCUCAUUGCAACCAUGGGCUAUGUGAUACUGCUCUGCCAAGCAUCCGUGCCCGUCGGGGCACGCUACUUUGCCGUCUUCGCCAUCACGGGCGGCGGCUACCUCACGCAACCGAUCCUCAUGGGCUGGCUGAGUAACAACAUGGCGGGGCAUUACAAGCAGUCCAUUGCGUCGGCAAUGCAGAUUGGGUUUGGCAAUUGUGGAGGCCUGGUGGCGAGUAACAUCUUCUUCAAGGAGGAGGCUCCGCGAUAUACUACCGGGUACGGGGUGAGUCUGGGAAUGACCUGGAUCUGCGGAGCGGCUUGCGCCUUGUUCCUGACUUACUUGGUGAGGGAGAAUAGGUUGAGGGAGGCAGGUAGAAGGGAAUGGAGGCUGGAGCUGCCCCAGGAGGAAGUGGAGAAUCUGGGCGAUGACCAUCCUGCGUUUCGAUUCACUUAUUAA